AUGGCGCACUCUUUCGAGCCUAUGAAGAACGACCUGAUCAUUCGGGCGGCCUGGGGCCAGAAGGUCGAGAGACCUCCGAUGUGGGUGAUGAGGCAAGCUGGCCGGUACCUGCCCGAGUAUCACGAGGCCAAGGGCAGCCGGGACUUCUUUGAGUGCUGCCGGGACCCGGAGGUGGCCUCGACCCUCACCCUGCAGCCCGUCGAGCGCUUCGCCGGCCUCAUCGACGCCGCCAUCAUCUUCUCCGACAUUCUCGUCAUCCCGCAGGCCAUGGGCAUGGUCGUCGAGAUGGUCGACAAGAAGGGCCCCCACUUCCCCAACCCGCUCAGGUCGCCCGACGACGGCCAGUACGCCGAGGUGCUGGCGCGGGACGUCGACGUCUCCAAGGAGCUCAAGUACGUCUAUGACGCCAUCACGCUGACCCGCAAGAAGCUCCGGGGCCGGGUGCCCCUCAUCGGCUUCUGCGGCGCCCCCUGGACCCUCAUGUGCUACAUGGUCGAGGGCGGCGGCACCAAGCUGUUCAUCCAGAGCAAGACCUGGAUCUACAAGUACCCCGAGGAGACCAAGAAGAUGCUGCAAAAGAUCUCCGAGCUCUGUGUCGAGUAUCUCGCCCUUCAGGUCCAGGCUGGAGCACAGCUCAUCCAAGUAUUCGACUCUUGGGCCAGCGAGCUGUCGCCGGCCUCGUUCAAGGAAUUUGCGCAGCCCUACCUCGCAUACAUCUCUGAGAACCUGCCCAAGCGCCUCAAGGAGCUCGGCCUGGAGCCGGUGCCCAUGAUUGUCUUCCCCAAAGGUGCCUGGUACGCCUUGGACGCCUGCUGUAGCCUGGGCUACAACGUCGUCGGCAUGGACUGGCUCCAUGACCCGGCCGAGGCGUCCAAGAUUCGGGGCGACAGGCCUAUCACCCUGCAGGGCAAUGCCGAUCCCGGCGUCUUGUACGGCACGAGGGAGUCCAUCUCGAAGGUGGUGAAGAACCUGGUGGAGGGCUUCGACUGGCACAACAGGCAGCAGGGUUGGAUAGUAAACUUGGGCCACGGUAUCACGCCGUUUGUCAAUCCAGACGAUCUAAAGUACUUCUUUGAGGAAGUCCACCGCCAGACCAAGAUAUGA